UUGUUCACAGAAGAGUUCCCGGAAUUCACUGAGCUCCCUUACUCCCAGGUUAUCUCCCACCAUGCCCCAGUGACGCUGAAAUGCUCGGCCAUCCCCACGGACGCCCAGAUUCGAUGGCUGUACAACGGGCAGCCCCUGGACGAGCGACGUCACGCGGGCUUACACAUCCUGGGCUCGGACCUCCACUUCCACCACGCCAGGGAGGCUGCCGGCUACGAUGGGGAGUACAGGUGCACGGCGACCACGUCCCUUGGAACCAUCAUCAGCCAGCCAGCGGUGUUGUCCAAGCCUGGUAUGUAG